UUGAGGCAGAAGCAGUGAUUGAUAGAAGCCGCCCACUUGCUUCAGUCGGAGGGAGGGUUCCCCCAAACAAAGCAUCCUCCGUUUCCUGCUUUGCCAGGAGCUGCUGACUGCCGGCCUGGUGUGUCUUGCCCCCUCUGGUGGUCACCCGUGAGCUUGCGGCCGGCCACUCGGAGUGGUGAUUCAUGGCCCAUCUGCUAAUAAUCAUGGAAGCAGGAUGUAAACCCAGCAUUGGCCGUGCCGACACAGGCCUGCACGUUCAAGCUGUACUGUCACCUCAGAAGUCUAGAAAAGCAGUCUCUGCAGCCAGUCCUCACCUGGGUCCAUUUCUGGCUUUCACAUGAGAUGACAACACAGUCUCUGAUGUUUGGGUUAAGAAGUUCCAUUUCCAAACACGAGUUCCAGGCUGAGACAAAGAAGCUUCUGGACAUUGUUGCCCGUUCCUUGUACUCAGAAAAAGAGGUGUUUAUACGGGAGCUGGUCUCCAACGCCAGUGACGCCUUGGAAAAGCUGCGUCACAAGCUGCUGUCUGAAGGCCAAACGCUGCCGGAAAUGGAGAUCCACUUACAGACGGACGCCGAGAAAGGCACCAUCACCAUCCAGGACACGGGUAUCGGGAUGACACAGGAAGAGCUGGUGUCCAACCUGGGAACCAUCGCCAGGUCGGGGUCAAAGGCCUUUCUGGAUGCGCUGCAGAGCCAGGUGGAGGCCAGCAGCAAGAUCAUCGGCCAGUUUGGAGUGGGUUUCUACUCCGCUUUCAUGGUGGCUGACAGAGUGGAGGUCUAUUCCCGCUCAGCGGACCCGGGCAGCCCUGGUUACCAGUGGCUCUCAGAUGGCUCCGGGGUGUUUGAAAUGGCUGAAGCCUCGGGAGUGAGAACUGGGACCAAAAUCAUCAUCCACCUCAAGUCAGACAGCAGAGAGUUCGCCAGCGAGGCCCGGGUCCGAGAUGUGGUGACAAAGUACAGUAACUUCGUCAGCUUCCCCUUGUACCUUAAUGGAAGGCGCAUUAAUACCUUGCAGGCUGUCUGGAUGAUGGACCCCAAGGAUGUGGGUGAGUGGCAGCACGAGGAAUUCUACCGCUAUGUCGCUCAGGCCCACGACAAGCCCCGCUACACCCUGCACUACAGGACGGACGCACCUCUUAACAUCCGUAGCAUCUUUUAUGUGCCGGACACGAAACCAUCCAUGUUUGAUGUGAGCCGGGAGUUGGGCUCCAGCAUCGCGCUGUACAGCCGCAAGGUCCUCAUCCAGACCAAGGCCACCGACAUCCUGCCCAAGUGGCUGCGCUUCGUUCGCGGCGUGGUGGACAGUGAGGACAUCCCCCUGAACCUCAGCCGGGAGCUCCUCCAGGAGAGCGCGCUCAUCAGGAAACUCCGGGACCUUCUACAGCAGAGGCUAAUAAAAUUCUUCAUUGACCAGAGUAAAAAAGACGCCGAAAAAUAUGCCAAGUUUUUUGAAGAUUAUGGCUUGUUCAUGAGGGAGGGCAUUGUGGCCACCGCCGAGCAGGAAGUCAAGGAGGGUAUCGCAAAGCUGCUGCGGUACGAGUCCUCGGCCUUGCCUGCUGGGCAGCUGACCAGCCUCCCGGACUAUGCGAGCCGCAUGCAGGCCGGCACCCGCACCAUCUACUACCUGUGUGCCCCCAGCCGGCACCUGGCCGAGCAUUCGCCCUACUACGAAGCCAUGAAGCAGAAAAACACGGAGGUUCUCUUCUGCUACGAGCAGUUUGAUGAGCUGACCUUGCUCCACCUUCGUGAGUUUGACAAGAAGAAGCUGAUCUCUGUGGAGACGGACAUUGUUGUUGACCACUAUAAGGAAGAGAAGUUGGAGGAUGGGUCCCCAGCUGGUGACCGCCUGUCGGAGAAGGAGACGGAGGACCUGAUGGCUUGGAUCAGAAAUGUGCUGGGGUCCCGUGUCACCAACGUGAAGGUUACUCUUCGACUGGACACCCACCCUGCCAUGAUCACCGUGCUGGAGAUGGGGGCCGCCCGGCACUUCCUGCGCAUGCAGCAGCUGGCCAAGACCCAGGAGGAGCGCGCUCAGCUCCUGCAGCCCACGCUGGAGAUCAACCCCAGACACACAUUGAUCAAGAAGCUCAGUCAGCUGAGAGCGAGCGAGCCUGACCUGGCCCAGCUACUAGUUGAUCAGAUCUAUGAGAACGCCAUGAUUGCCGCGGGGCUCGUCGAUGACCCCCGCCCCAUGGUGGACCGCCUGAACCAUCUGCUUGUCAAGGCCCUGGAGCGACGCUGAGGGGCCGCCGGCGUGAAGGCCCCCAGUCUACGUACAGGGACUAGGGCUCAAGUGGAGGUGAAGGACGAGGCAGCCUGAGACCAGCCAGGGAGAAAGAAGGACUACGUGCCACCGAUGACAACACCCCCUUUGAGUUUAUUUAGCUUAAAAGCAUUUGUUACUCUAAAUGGUAAACUUGUGUCUGGACUGCAAA